UGUUUAUUUUUUAAGGUAUAAUUUUGCGGAAUUCGAUUUUUUAAAACAAAAUAAGCAAGGUUUAAAUUUAAUUUCAUUUACAUUGCCGGAAAGUAUUUAAUAUUUAGCCGACCUUCGAGUUACUCAGUUUGCAGCGUUUGUGAUCAAUGAAUGGUGACGACGCCACCGCAUUUCUUCGUAGCAUAAAAACAAAAGAAGGGCAGCAUUCCUUGCAACACAGAGUUCUUCUGAGACAGACGUUUUGUUUGUUUGAUAAACAGCAUCAAAUUAGGCCAAACCAACUGCAGCGCAUAGGAUAUAUCAUAUGCACCGCUCACCGCAACCACUGCCAGUUCAAAUAAACAAACAUAAACAAAACUGCAAAUGAAAGCAGAGCUCAACAGCAACAACAACCAGAACAAAAACAGCAACAACUGGCGAUGCAAUUAAAAGCGCCAAAGAGCAGGAAUAUGGCUAGUGUUAAUGAUGAUGAACCAGCAACCAACAACCGGCGAAACAACAACAAUAGCAACAGCAACAACAACAAUAACAACAUCAACAACAACAACAAUAGUACGAGCAGCAAUCCAAGCCCUAGCAUCAAUAACAAUAACAAUAAUAAUAACGAGGAUGCGGCAAGCAAACGGGAGUCAUUGGAGGCACGCAAGCAGAGCUUGGAGCAGCGCUUAAACGAGAAGAGCUGGCUGUUGCACCAAAUACAAAAACAGGAGACAGCUAUUAUGCAUGGCAAUUACGAACACUUGACCAUCAAUGAAUUCUUUGCCCAGCUAGCGCAGCAGUAUAAACAUGAACAACAAUUGCAGGCACUGUCUAAGGACAGCGGCGCUUUGCUGCGACGUAAGCAGAGCACAAGUAACCGGAUGGAUGCUCAACCAGGUGGCAGUCAAACUUAUAGUACUAACAUCAACAACAAUCGCCACUCGGAGACACAUUCAAAUCGCAGCUCAGAGUAUGAUAACUAUCAGCCAGCUGGCUCAAAUGGUGAUAUACUGGUCAUAGGCGUUGCUCAGCAACAAUUACAACAACAUCCGCACGUAAAAAGUGCACUGAAGAAACGUCCUACACCCACGCCUACUGCUCAGAUACAAAUGCAAUAUAUAGCACAACGCCAGCAGCAACAGCAACAACAACAACAACAACAACAACAACAACAACAACAACAACAACAAGUACCACAACAGAUGCACCACCACAUGGAUGUAUAUUCGCAGCAGCAUGUGAACUAUCUGCAGCAGCAACAACAACAGCAGCAGCAGCCAAAGCAACGUGUCCAGGGUCAAAAGGAUGUUAUCUCAAUGUACUCGGCUAACUCGUCUAAUGUGGCCACGUUGCGCCAGCAACAUGUGGCGCCGCAGCAACAACCCAUUAUCGUGCAGUGCGACAAGUAUUAUCUGUCGCCCACGCAUCAGAGCUAUAGUGAAGGCGGCUUCAUUAAGUCGAGUCAAAACAUAAAGAAGUAUGUGUCGCCGCUCGCUUCGCCGAGUGCCGUUAGCUACGAGCAGAGCUCGUUGCAUCAUCAUCGUCACCUUGAUGCCAUUUCCUUGGCGCCCAGCUACAUGUCUGUUGAAGUGGAGACUGUGGAGAGGGUGCAGCAGCAGUAUCGCUGGCGCUCACAAUCCCAUAUAGCAGCAUUGACACCGCCUCAUCCACAUCCGAAUCAGAGCAUGACUGCUGCCUUAGCUGCCGAGCCAAAGUCGCAUUCCAGCGAUAUGUUAGCAGCGCCGCUGCCGCGCUAUGCUAGCAAACCCAAGCCCUUGGAUGAGAUAUCACUGUGCUCAACGUCUGCCAGUGCGACGACCAUUGAAAAGAAGGCCAAGCCCAAGCAGUGGCUGGAAUCAUCGCUCGAUGGGCCCGCAGUUGUGCGUCAAAUCGAGUCCACAUCGCACAGUCCCGUUAGCAGUAGUGGCAGUGGCGCCGCUGCCGCUGCCGCUGCUGUCACUAAGCCCCGGACAAAAUUGUCCUCACAGUCCAUGUCGGUGUCCGGUCGGCACUAUUCCAUGUCUGCUCAGCGCAAUGCCAACAACUAUGCUCCUAAUAACUAUCCGGUUGCUGGUAGCUCUAAGGCUCUGCAGCAUGUGGAUGAAAGAUUUGCAAAGCUGAGUCAGUCCACUUCCUACCUGAAUGCCAUGGAGCAGACGGUGGGCAUAUCCGCAUCUUAUACACUGGAACCACUUGAAAUACCGCCAUUUAGGCAUCUGCCGCCCAAGCCAAAUCAAAAUCAACCGCAAUCGCCGCCGCCCAGGCCACCGCCAGUUGGCAACAGUAACAACAACAACAAUAACAACAAUAAUAGUACCAACAGUGGAAAUGCACUGCAGAAUGCUCUGGUAUCACCGCCCCUGGCUGUGGCCACGGCCACAGUAGCACCUAGUUUGUCCCCUGAGAUUCGUAUCGAAUCACCCAAAAAUAUGACUGUGGUGCAGCAGGCCACCUUUCAGCCGUACAAGGAGGUGAUCAAACCCUUCGAAAUGUCCGAUUUUUACAAAUACUCGACGAAGUUUAAGCAGAAAGAUGCCGGGCGACCGGAAUGAGAAGAACUUAGCCCUGGAAGCCCUGGAAGUUUCAGUUAUUUAAUUAGGAUAUACUUAUAGUUAUUGUUAUCAUCUAAACAUAUUUGAUAUUUGUUUGACUGACCAAGCGCGAAGUACCAAUAGGAAUUUCAGACUUUCUCGCAUUUUUAAGCGGUUAGCGCAAAUUUUAAGAAUUACAAUUUUGACUGCAACGUAAACAUUCGAAUACUAAUCGAAAUGCUGAAUAUGAUUGAGAUGACUGCUACAAAAUGGAUGGAAAGGGUAUCCAUAUUAAAACCCAAUUGACAAUAUGAAACAAACAAAAUUGUACAUUGACUCAACAUUUUUACUCUAUAUACUAUAUUUACUGAAAUUGUAUUUACAACGGAACUGGUUUGAUAUAUUUAUAUAAAUACUGAUAGCAAUUGUUAC